AUGUCAGGCCCCGGGUCCCAGGCCCCCGGCCCCACUCCGUCGGCUCGGGGUCCCGCCCACCUGCCCCGCCAGCUGCGCAGCGCCCCGGCGGGCCCGCGGCGUGGGAACGCCCCAGCUGGGCAGCAGGCAGCCGUCAGGACAAGCUGCGCGGUUCCCAGCCUCCCCGCCCGCCGCAGCUCGGGCACCGCCGCCGCCCCGCCGUCGCCCGGCAACCGCAGUCGGGGGGCAAUGCUGGUCCCCGCCCUCCUCGUCCUCCUCUUCUGCCUCCGAGGCCAUGCAGGUCUGUCGCCCCAUUUCCUGCAACAACCAGAUGACCUGGUGGCACUGCUGGGGGAUGAGGCCCGUCUGCCCUGUGCCCUGGGUGAAUACUGGGGGCUGGUUCAGUGGACUAAGGAUGGACUGGCUCUAGGGGGUGAAAGGGACUUGCCAGGGUGGUCCCGGUACUGGAUAUCAGGGAAUGCGGCCAGUGGCCAGCACGACCUUUACAUUAGGCCCGUGGAGCUGGAGGAUCAAGCAUCAUAUGAAUGUCAGGCUACACAAGCAGGCCUCCGCUCUCGACCUGCCCAACUGCAUGUGCUGGUGCCCCCAGAAGCCCCCCAGGUGCUGGGCGGCCCCUUUGUGUCUCUGGUUGCUGGGGUUCCUGCGAAUCUGACCUGUCGAAGCCGUGGGGAUGCCCGCCCCACCCCUGAGCUGCUGUGGUUCCGAGAUGGGAUCCGGCUGGAUGGGACCACCUUCCACCAGCCCCUGCUGAAGGAAGGAACAACUGGGUCAGUGGAGAGCAUCUUAUCCUUGACUCCUUCCAGCCACGAUGAUGGAGCCACGUUGGUCUGUCGGGCCCGGAGCCAGGCCCUGCCCUCGGGGAAGGAUACAGCUAUCACACUGAGCCUGCAGUAUCCCCCAGUGGUGACUCUGUCUGCGGAACCACAGACUGUGCUGGAGGGAGAGAAGGUCACUUUCCUGUGCCAGGCCACAGCCCAGCCUCCUGUCACUGGCUACAGGUGGGCAAAGGGAGGCUCCCCGGUGCUCGGGGCCCGCGGGCCAAUGCUGGAGGUCGUGGCAGACGCCUCAUUCCUGACUGAGCCGGUGUCCUGCGAGGUCAGCAACGCUGUGGGCAGCGCCAACCGCAGCACCGCGCUGGACGUGCAGUUCGGGCCAGUUCUGCAGGCAAGGCCAGAGCCCAUGUCAGUAGACAUAGGGGAAGACGCUUCCUUCAGCUGUGCCUGGCGCGGGAACCCGCUCCCACGGGUAACUUGGACCCGCAGCGGGGACGCGCAGGUGCUGGGCUCCGGGCCCACGCUGCGUCUUCCGUCGGUGGGGCCCGAGGACGCCGGCGACUACGUGUGCAGGGCUGAGCCCGGGCUCUCGGGCCUGGGGGGCGGCGCCGCGGAGGCCAGGUUGACGGUGAACGCUCCCCCCAUCGUGACCGCCCUGCAUUCUGCGCCCGCCUUCCUGAGGGGCCCCGCCCGCCUCCAAUGUCUAGUCUUCGCAUCCCCAGCCCCAGAUGCCGUGGUCUGGUCUUGGGAUGAGGGCUUUCUGGCGGCGGGGUCGCAGGGUCGGUUCCUGGUGGAGACAUUCCCAGCCCCAGAGGGCCGCGGGGGACAGGGCCCAGCCCUGAUCUCUGUGCUACACAUUUCCGGGACCCAGGAGUCCGACUUCAGUCGGGGUUUCAACUGCAGUGCCAGGAACCGCUUGGGUGAGGGAGGCACCCAGGUCAGCCUGGGCCGUAGAGACUUGCUGCCCACUGUGCGGAUUGUGGCUGGAGUGGCUGCUGCAGGCAUGACUCUUCUCAUGCUCAUCAUUGGGGUGACCCUCUGCUGCUGGCGCCACAGCAAGGCCUCAGCCUCUUUCUCCAAGCAAAAGAACCUGGUGCGAAUCCCAGGCAGCAGCGAUGGCUCCAGUUCUCGGGGUCCUGAGGAGGAGACAGGAAGCGGCGAGGACCAGGGCCCCAUCGUGCACACGGACCACAGUGACCUCAUUCUGGAUGAGGAGGGGGCUCUGGAGACCAAGGAUCCAACCAAUGGUUACUACAAGGUCCGAGGAGUCAGUCCACCCGCGUCUCCAGACUCAUGUAUGAUACCUCUCCAAAUGAAGAGGCCUAGAAUCUUCAACUUGCCAUAAUGGAUUGUCCUGAUUUCUAAGGAAUCAGAAAAAAAGUUGGUGACCUUACUCCUCCAAAACUGAACAUUGAUGGGAGAGAAAGAUCAUUACGAUCAUCUGGAUCACUAGUGUACAAUCAGCUCAGCCAAAGGGGAUGCUCCAAGUGGGAACAAGAUGGCCACUUGACCAACUAUUCCCCAGUGUAAAAGAGAUUCCAGAUGGCAGAUGAGCUCUUUGUAGGGGGAUGGGGACAGGAGGUGUUAGGAGGUAGGGGCAGGGAUGGAUGUUAUUUCCAGACAUUGAAAGAAGAGAUUUCAAGGUGACCAAUCACCUAUACUGAGAAGACAGGCAACAUAGGACAGAUUAAGAUGGAAGCCAGACCAGGCCCCUGUCCUGGUUCUCCCUGAGGGGCACUUUGCUUGGCCAAUGGAAGUGCAGCCAAGAUGGCUGUUCACUCUCUGGGAACCCAAGAGAGCAACUAUCUUGAUCCUUCCAAGUUCUUUAAAGGUCCUGGAAGAAUUGACUCCACCAAGGAGUGAGGAUAGGGUGAGAACUGCCAGCAGGA